UUUAUCUUACACUGAUUGAAAUGAUACAUAGAGAUCAGUUGCUCAGUUGCUGUGCUGAGUUUUGUUAAGAAAUUUAUGAGAUCUUAUGAAGGGUACAUGCUGAAUCGGUUUAAAAAUCAUUAGAGAUUAUAAGACUUUAUGAGAAAUCUAUAGCUCGAUCGUCAGCUUUGAUUUCAUGCUCAUGUAUGUUGAAGAAUUGUAACUUCGUGUAUGAGAAAGUUUGUGAAGAUGAGGAUGAGCUGCAAUGGAUGCAGAGUCCUGCGAAAGGGGUGUAGUGAAUCAUGUAUACUAAGGCCUUGCCUAGAAUGGAUACGAAGUGCUGAAGCUCAAGCAAAUGCAACAGUUUUCCUAGCCAAGUUCUAUGGACGUUCUGGCCUUAUGAAGCUUCUAAACUCUGGUCCAAACCAUCAAAGACCCGUUAUAUUCAGGUCCCUUCUCUAUGAAGCUUGUGGAAGAAUUAUAAAUCCCAUAUAUGGAUCUGUGGGGCUCCAGUGGACUGGCAAUUGGCAUAGCUGUCAAGCUGCAGUAGAAAGUGUUCUCAAGGGGCAUCCAUUACAAAUGGAGGGACCUCCUGAUUCUCCAACUUCAGAUUGCUCAGAUACAAAGCCAUCUCCAUCAAGAUUAAUUGAUUCAAUCUUAACAGACAGACCUCUCAAACUCAGGAACAGGUGUCGAUUCAAGCGUUCUCUGCAUAGAAAACCAACCACCCAUUUAGAAAAGCUCGAUGUUACCACUGAUUCUCAAGCCUGCAACAUAAAAUGGCCCAGUUCUUGUCCAAAAGAAUUUGAAUCAAUGUUUCAGGUAGCCCAAGAGGAGAAUCAAAUGAAGGCCUGCAAUAACAAGAAGAUUACAACUUAUUCAGUCCAGGAUAUUGUGAAGGCAGAGGCCACUGUUGAACCUGCACAAGUUCAAGGAGAAGUGGCAAACGAAGAAGCAGUGGAAGAAAUAUUUUACAGUAAUGAUAUGGAGAUUUUCAGUGAUGAUAGCCAUGGUAAAGAGAUUGAUGAGAAUGAUGUGGAAUUAGAACUUAGACUUGGAUCUCAAGCUUCCCAUGAAGCAGUACAGAUCCUCCAAGAUUUCAAACAGUCUCACAGGCUUUGGAGUAGUAAAAAUGGGUGCAAGUAUCAUCCUCUUCCUAACUUCACAUCUCUUAGCCUUGCUUUGAGCUAAGCAUGACAUUGUAUAGAUCAUCUGCUUAAGAGAGAGUAGUUUUCAUGGCUUUUUUGUCAUCCAUUGACAGGCAUUAGGUCUAGAAUUCUCUAUGGUGUAAUUGUAGCUUUUUUGUAAGAUGUAAUAGUGUGUCAUUUUAGUCUGGUCAAUAAUGGGUUUCUUGAUAAUCCUUUCUGUCCUACCUCUCUAAUAUUUUACUUUGAGAUUGAUCUGAUAUUUUGGAAUCU